AAUCAAUGUUCAGGCCGGUUGUGGACGCCAUUAUCUCGUUGGUUCAGAAGCAUCUUAAUGCUUCUGAGAUGAAAUAUCAAGCGAUCUUUUUGUGUGGUGGGUUUGGAGAAUCUCUGUAUUUGUUAAGAAGAGUGAAGGAAAGAUUUGAAUCACCGUCAACGAUGGUUUGUGCACCACAUCAGGCUGUCACUGCUGUUGUUCGCGGUGCUGAUGAAGCUUGCAAUGAAGAAUUCAUUUUUCCAGCUUCAUCUGUCACUAAUACCCUAACCACGGCAAAGUGUCGAUCACGUGAUGAUCCAACCAAUAAGAUGCGCAAAAAUUAA